CAGCUCAUGGUGUGGUGCAGGUAGGGAAGGAACACGAAUAGCGUUGGGUAAAUAUUCUGGAUUUACGGACACUAGUGGCAGAGGACUGAGUGAACAAGAACGAAGAAGAAGAGAUGGACAAAGGAGGAGGAGGAGGAUCGGAUGGGGAAAUGAAGGUCACAAAACAAGCAGAGGAAGAGAGCGAAAGUGACAAGAACCUCAAGGACCAGCGCAACAAGGCAGAAAAGGGUGACAAAGAGAAGGGUGAGAGGAAGAGAGAGAAUCGAAGAUCUGGUUCAAUGUGGAGAGGAGGCUGGGCGCUGUCCGAACGACUGGCCAUCAACGUGUCAGGCAUGCGCUACGAGACACAGAUUCGAACCCUGGCCCAGUUCCCUGACUCUCUGCUCGGAGACCCUCAGCGCCGCCUGCGCUACUUUGACCCACUCCGCAAUGAGAUCUUCCUGGACCGCAAUCGAUUCUGCUUUGACGCCAUCCUUUACUUCUAUCAGUCUGGAGGUCGGUUACGGCGGCCUGCCAAUGUGCCUCUGGACGUCUUCAUGGAUGAACUGCGCUUUUAUGAGCUGGGAGAGGAUAUCAUGGCUCGCUUCAAAGAGGAUGAGGGCUUCCCCAAGGAGGAGCCUCGGCCCCUGCCAGACAAUGAGAUCCAGCGCAAGCUGUGGAUGCUCUUUGAACACCCUGAGUCCUCUGGAGGCGCCCGCAUCAUCGCCAUCAUCAGCGUGAUGGUGAUUGUGGUCUCUAUCCUCAUCUUCUGUUUGGAGACGCUGCCUGACUUCAGAGUAGAGAAGGAGCUGAGAGAGCAAAUGGCAUACCAGGCUUUCCUUGCCGGAAACAAUACCUCGCACAUCCCAAUGUCCUCUCCCUUCCAAGAUCCAUUCUUCCUGGUGGAGACCAUGUGCAUCUGCUGGUUCUCGUUUGAGCUAGUGAUGCGUUUCACCUGCUCUCCCAGUAAGAUGUCCUUCUUCAAGGAUGUGAUGAACAUCAUAGACUUCUUCGCCAUUAUUCCCUACUUCAUCACACUCGGCACGGAGCUGGCCAAGUCUAGGGGCGCGACGCCAACCAUGUCCCUGGCGAUCGUAAGGGUCAUCCGUCUGGUUCGAGUCUUCCGGAUCUUCAAGCUGUCUCGGCACUCAAAAGGCCUUCAGAUCCUGGGCCAGACGCUGAAGGCCAGCUUGAGGGAGCUGGCGCUGCUCAUCUUCUUCCUCUUCAUCGGAGUCAUCCUGUUCUCCUCGGCCGCGUACUUUGCCGAGGUGGACAAACCUGGAACGGCCUUCACCAGCAUCCCAGAAGCCUUCUGGUGGGCUGUGGUCUCAAUGACGACAGUGGGGUACGGCGACAUGUACCCGGAGACGGUGGGCGGAAAGCUGGUGGGCUCCAUGUGCGCCAUCGCCGGCGUGCUCACCAUCUCGCUUCCCGUUCCCGUCAUCGUUUCCAACUUCAGCUACUUCUACCACCGCGAAAUGGAGUGUGAGGACAACCAGGAAUACACACACGUCAGCACCUCCCUUUGGGAGGAGGAAGAAGGUGGGGAAGAAGGUGAGGAAGGGCCUGGGGAACAGGGAGACCGCAAUCCUCUCGAAGAAGGCACGGCCUAUAGGGGGAUCUGCGCCCCUCUUAAUGGGACUCUCCUGGCUGGGCUUUGCGCGGGACAGACCAGAGUGCAAAGUGUAGGGAGUGUUUACCCACUGGUCACCCAAGUCUGAGAGACUGGAGAUCAAAGAGGAGGAAUGAGAGAUGGAGGUGGUCCUGUACCAUGUUUUAAGGUACACUGCCUCACUGUGACUCACUGAAUAUAUGUGGAGGAUGGGAAGGAAUAAAUGCAAGAAACAGAAAACGGUUGAUGAAGAGGCUGAGAAGGUACAAAAUGCAGAUGCAGUAUCCAAAGGAAAGGUAUAAAGAAGUUACAAAAAACAUUGACUUUCUAUCUAUAACACAUCUUUAAACCGCUUUCCUAACGUUCCGGUAACCAAACUAUUUUGACAUCACAACCUUUACACUGAACUUUAAAUCACUGAAUGUAUUUAUUUGAGAAACUAUUUUGAUCUAUUCAGAGAGUGGCAUCUCAAUGCGUUUGGAAAAAUAGCUGAGGAUAAGCUGAGCUGUCUUGUGCAAUAAAAGCGUUUGCACCUUUGCUUUAAAGAUCUUACUGGAAUCGUUGACAUAUAUAUAUUAUCAGACUUAUUCGUAGGAAGAAGCACCCUGCGGUGUCAUUUAAAUGUCAUGUAUUUUGUCACCCGUGUUGCAGUCAUGAAUGUGCCAGGGAUUUGUGUGUCCCGACGAAUGGAUAAAGUCUUAAGCAUCAUUCAUCUGGAGCAGUUUUGUGUUACUGCUGUUCUGACAUUGUUGAAAUGCUUGUGUAUUCAAAGGCUUUUUAGGAAAAUAUGUACAGUCAUUUACGAUGUGUGUGUGCUCCGUGAAUUGUGUAACGCUGAGCCAUGUUUGUGUACUAUUUAUUCACAUUUUUAAUGACACAAAAAUCAUACUGAAGUGACUCGGUGUACUACAAAAAGAACAAACAAACUGA